AUGACUGAGGCGUCUGAAGAUUUGGCUGCCGGGGAGUCAAAAACUGCGAAGAGCCGAAGGAUUAUUCGAAGGGCCACUACAUAUGUCCGCCUUCUCGUUUAUGCAGAGCCGACAACCGUUGACCUUAUUCUCCUCACACUUGGUAUACUAGCCGCGAUUGCUUCAAGAGUGCCCAUUCCCUCUGAUGGAGGCUCAGCAUAUCAAUCAGAAGUCAAUGGCAAGGCACUCAAAGUCGUCUAUGUCGGAAUCGCUUACUUUGUCUUGGUAUAUAUCUAUGUCGCUUCGUGGAAUUUGUUUGGUGAGCGCCUGGCCCAAAGACUUCGUGAGCGGUAUUUCAAAAGUCUAUUACGGCAGGAUGCUUCAUUCUUCGAUAAUAUGCCAGCUGGAGAAGCUGCCUCCCGACUCACGAGCGACAUAACGACAAUCCAACAGGGGACAUCGGAGAAAGUAGGCAUUGUCCUCAAUAGUGUAUCGUUUUUCAUCACCGCUUAUAUCAUCGCUUUCGUCAAAGAUGCAAAACUUGGUGGGGAGUUAGUGUCUCUAACGCCAGCCUAUUUGCUAAUGUCGCUUGUUGGCGGUUACUAUACUCAGAAAUACGCAUCGGCUAUGCUGAAAAACGUUGCUGGAGCAUCAUCCGUUGCGAUGGAAGCACUGUCAAACGCAACAAUUGUGCAUGCAUUCUCGGCAAACGCUCAGUUAGAAUCGAAAUUUGCAGGCCUGCUGGGCAAUGCAAAGGUAGCUGGAAUUAGUAAGGCAAUUUCUAUUGCUGUCCAGUCGGGAUUGCUGUAUUUUAUUGCAUUCUCCGCAAAUGGAUUGGCAUUCUGGCAAGGCUCGAAAACGAUCGCGGAUGCAGUUGCCUCCGGUAGCCCUGGAUCAUCAGUCGGGACUACAUACACCGUGAUUUUUUUAUUGGUCGAUGGUGAGAUAUUCAAUAUUAAAGUAUCCCGUACCCCCCAAGUCGCUCCUUUUGUUCAAGUCUCCGAUGCUGCAGGAGUGACCUUCGAAAGUUUGGAAGCCGAUAUCAACCGGGAACCGAAAAUAGAUGGCACAGUUGAAGGCACUGGAAAUUCUCUCCGAAACGUUUCUGGUAAUAUUGAGCUGAAUAAUGUUUCAUUUGCAUUUCCGUCCCGGCCAGAUAAACCUGUGCUAGAUAAUGUGUCGAUGUCAUGUGCAGCUGGACAACACACCGCAAUCGUUGGUCUAUCCGGGAGCGGGAAGUCGACCGUAGCCGGCCUAAUAGCACGAUUAUAUGACCCAACAAAUGGGGAAAUAUCUUUUGCUGGGCGGAACAUCAAAGAUCUCAACGUUCGAUCUUUGCGAAGCAAUCUCAGUCUUGUCCAGCAAGAGCCGUCACUCCUCGACCGAUCCAUCCUUGAGAAUAUUGCCUUGGGACUGAUUAAUUCUCCAUCUCACUCUCACCUGUCCCCAGCCUUGCUUGGAGGUAAUCUUUCCGAUAUUGCAACUGCCGUCAGGAAUGGACGGGAUCUAAUGGAAGAAGCAGAGAUUCAUGGUCAAGAGACUGCAGAAAUCAUAGAUCUGGUGCGUAAUGCGGCAGAUCUCGCUGAUGCGAGUGCUUUUAUCGGUCGUCUAAAGGAUGGGUAUGGUACUCUUGUCGGUUCUGCAGGUAUCCUGAUAUCAGGAGGUCAAAAACAAAGAAUUUCCAUUGCUCGUGCUUUAGUUAAAAAGCCUAAACUUUUGAUUCUUGAUGAAGCGACCGCCGCUCUAGAUUCUACUAGUCAGCAACGUGUCCAAUCCGCGAUUGAGAAGAUAAUGAGCGGAAGGACGUUAAUAUCCAUUGCCCAUCGUCUGUCCGCCGUAAAGAAUGCCGACAAUAUUAUCGUUAUGAAUCAAGGGAAAGUUGUUGAGCAGGGGACUCACUCGGAGUUGAUAUCAAGCGAUGGCGCAUACGCUGGUCUAGUUCGUCUGCAGAAUCUGAAUAUUCGUCCUGAGGAAGAGAAUGUUUCGAGUGAGUCAUUGGCAACAAAGGACUCCUACGACAACAUAAUCGAGAAGGCUGCCGAAGCUAGUCUUGACGAAAGACGCUCAUUGGAGACAUCUGCGCGGAAAGGAGAAGACAACAGCGAUGGUAUUAAUGCGAAACGGUCUUUAUCGUCAACCCUGAAAGCCGUGGGUCCAAUGUUGCGGCCGCAUAUGCUCUUCCUUUUCCUAGCACUGACCAGCGCUUUCGUAGUUGGUGGCACAUAUUCAGCCUCUGCAGUUGUCUUCGGCAACACGAUUGGUGGGUUGAGCCCAUGCAAAACUGCAGAUUCCAUCAGGUCUGCUGGUAAAUUUUACGGAUUGAUGUUUUUCAUCCUCGCCAUUAUCGAGUUUUUCGCUAAUCUGGGAAGUUGGUCAGCAUUUGGCUGGGUUGCAGAGAAAAUUACUUACAAAGUUCGAGUUCUCUCGUUCAGGGCCCUCAUGGAGCAGGACUUGCAGUGGCAUCAGUCGGAUGGAAGAAGUCCUACCGUCCUCCUUUCAAUCAUCACCCAAGAUGGUAAUGCCCUAUCUGGUCUCACGGGAUCGGUUGUAGGUACUAUUAUUGCUAUACUAGUAAAUCUGGUCGUCGCAAUUUCGUUAUCCCAUGUAAUUGCAUGGAAGAUUGCGCUGGUCUGCCUCGCUGUUGUCCCAUUGAUGCUGGGCGCGGGUGUGAUGCGAGUCAUAAAAAUGACGCAGUUUCAAGAGCGCCAUGCCAGGGCGUUUGAGAAAUCGCUUGGAAUAACAGUUGAAGCCGUCAAUUCGAUCAAGACCAUCUCUGCUCUUUCUCUGGAACACGAAAUUUUGAAAACCUAUCGACGCUCCCUAAAAGGCCCGACAAUGGAAAUUGCGCAGCAAAGCGCCUAUGCCAACCUUUGGCUAGCAAUUUCGUACGGCGCGAGCAAUUUCUUGUAUGCGCUUGCCUAUUGGUGGGGAGCUAAGAGAAUUAUUGCAGGCGAUUACUCGCAGACGCAGUUCUUUAUUGUGCUCAUGGCUCUCCUCGUGAGCGCACAGCUUUGGGGCCAAAUGUUCACACUAGCUCCAGAUGUGUCGCGUGCCUUCACCGCGCUCGCUCGAAUUCUGAACCUCCUUGACCUCGGAUCGACCAAGAAUCUCUCUGGUCCAUGCCAGCGUCUGAAACCGGGCAAUGACUUAGAAGCCAACGCCGAGCCACGAGAGAAACGUCCCGAUCAAAGUCAGGGAGGUAUCAGUGUUUCCCUGAACAACGUGAAGUUCUCGUACCCAGCGCGUCAAGACGUUCUAGUCCUUGAUGGUUUAGAUAUUCAUAUUAAACCGGGCCAGUUUGCGGCGUUAGUCGGUCCAAGCGGCGCAGGCAAAUCAACCAUCGUAUCUCUAAUCGAGAGGUUAUACACACCAACCUCAGGCAGUGUCCACAUCGAUGGCCAAGACAUCUCAACCCGUGAAGGAGCAUCGUUCCGUGAUAACAUCGCUCUUGUCCCACAGGACAGCGUGCUUUUCGAAGGCACUAUCCGGUUCAAUGUUGCCCUUGGAGCUCGCCCUGGCCACAAGCCCACAGAUGCAGAAAUUGAAGAAGCUUGCCGGUUGGCAAAUAUUCAUGACACCAUUAUUAACUUGCCGGAAGGGUAUAACACUAACUGUGGACCCAGCGGAAAUCAGCUGUCAGGCGGGCAGAAACAGCGACUCGCAAUUGCCCGCGCACUUGUCCGGAAACCUCAGCUGCUUCUCCUGGACGAAUCGACAAGUGCCCUCGACGCAGAAUCCGAACAGCUUCUCCAGGCCGGCUUAGAGAAAGCCACCAAAGGAAUGACUGUUAUCGCCAUCGCGCAUAGGCUAUAUACGAUUCAGAAAGCAGAUGCCAUCUUCCUCAUCGAAGAUGGAAGAUGCACUGAUAAAGGCACCCAUGCAGAGUUAGUGGAACGGAGCGAAAGUUAUAAAAUCAAUGCAUUACAUCAGGCCUUCGAGUAA